UAUAGUAUUUCUCUUUAGAAUCUUUUCUUCUUUUAACAUAACAAUAUAUAUGUACAAACUUGAGCAAAUAUAUCUUCUUUAACUAACUUCACCCACGCGCAGUAAGCCCACGCUCCAUAAAUACACCAAUCAACAAGCAAGUGGCACAACGUAAGAAAGAAAGCGCGUGGUAAUAUGAAGUUCUUCCACACGAGUUAGAAAAAUGUUAAAAGUACAAAAAAAAACACAAGAACAAAGAAAGUAAUAUCAAUUCUUGAUUUUAGAAGUGUAAACUUUAUUCUCAAUUCUUGAUAAUUAGAGGUGAAUUGAAAUGCAAAGAGAUGGAAGAAGAAGCUUACAUGGGGUAUCAAGAAAAACAAGUAAGAGUUGAAAAGUACGUGUUUUUGUAUACUUUGUGAAUCUUGAAUUGUAUACUAAGUUGAAGCUUCAAUAAGGUCAAAAGUGUCCACUUUUGCCUGCAAGAGUUCUAAUUUCUCUUCUUUUUAAGUCCAAUUUCAUGUAGAAUGAAUUUGAACUUGGGGUGUGAAGCUUCAAGCUUUAAACUUUUAGAAAAAAGGUGACAUUUUGGGUAUGUGUAGGGUUAGUUCUGGAAUUCUUGUAAAGUUGUGGUUUUUUCUUGGAAUUACUGGAAAUGGAGGGUUUUUCUAAGUAAUGGUUGUGAUGGGAUUUUAGGUAUGGAGUUUUGGGAUUUGAACUUUUUCAAGAUUGUGUUUUGGAGGGAGAGUUAGUUGAGAAUUUGGAUUUUUUACAUCUUAUACUGUUACAAGUUGAGAUUUUGGAGAUGGGAUUUGAUUUGGCAAUGCAAAGAUUGCUAUUAGAGGAAUUCAAUGUAGUUUCCAAGUAAGGUUUUUGGAGUUGGAGGGGAAAAAAAAAACACUAAUUUAGUUGUGAUAUUGGGUUCUGACCCUGACUUUUUCUGUCUUCGAGCAGUGGGAACGUUAUAGUUUUUGGUUUUUGUGUAUGGAAUUCAUGUUUAGACAGAUAUGAAACCACCACAUCAGCAUUCACGGAUCAAUAUUGCUGAAUUGAAAGCUCAGAUAGUGAGGAAACUCGGACCAGAUGGGUCGAAACAGUACUUUUAUUACUUAAAUAGGUUGCUGAGCUUGAAGAUAAGCAAGGUUGAGUUCAGCAAGAUUUGUCUUAGGAUCUUUGGGAGAGAGAAUAUUGCACUGCACAAUCAGUUUAUCCGUUCUGUUUUGAAAAAUGCUAGUAGUGCAAAAGUUCCACCGUCAAGUCAUGAUGAUAAGUUUUUGAAGCCUGGUGCAGUGCUUGGUAGUAAUGAGGCUUCAAAUGAUGCUUAUGAGCAAAAUGGAUCCUUAAAAAGGUCUUCAAGUCAACCAGGUUUGUCAAAUGGGGACAUUCUUCCAUUAUCUCCUCAAAAGGCCAGAACAGGCUUGUGUGAUCAUAGGGCUGGGGAUCACCGUUGUGCGCUUGGACCAAAUGAGAAAACUAAUCUUACUUUUCAACAACCAACGACAGAAUUGAGUGAAGAAAGGGAGGCAUCGAGCCAAGAAACAGCGAAACUUUCUUUAACAAAGAGACCACUUGAAGGUCCAGUUUCUGUACAUAACAAAGAGAUGCAUGCUAGGAGAGAACUACAAGCUCCGCUUGGAGUUCCAUUUUACCCUGUUAGUGUAGGUGGAUCACAUAGAGUAUUGCCUCUGGCAACAAGUAGUAAAUGUGUUAGCUUUUCUAAUUAUGGUGCUUUGUUGGACAACAUAACAUUGAGGGAACGCAUGGAGCAGAUUGCUGCAGAACAGGGCCUCGAAGGGGUGGAAAUCGAUUGUGCCAAUCUGGUGAACAAUGGUUUAGAUUCUUACUUAAAAGGUUUAAUAAGAUCUUGUGUUCAACUUUUGGGUGCAAGGUCUGGGCAUGACCCUACUAAGAUCAGCAAAAAGAAGCAGCCGACUUAUAUGAAGCCUGUAAAUGGUCUCAGACCAGGUCAUCAUUUUCAGGUGAUUAGCGAUAGAUCUUUAGAAGUCAUGCAAGAACAGGUUCCGCACAGCCUAAUAUCAUUGCAAGAUUUUAGGGUUGCCAUGGAGCUAAACCCACAGCAACUUGGCAAAGAUUGGCCUUUACUGCUGGAGAAAUUAUGUGCUCGUCUCUGAGAAUAAAGCAUAUAGGGACUUUGUUGUCUUCCGAUUGAGCUUUUAUUGGUCCCUACUGGAUCAGAGGGCACUGUCCUUUCAAGGGACUUUGUGCGGCCUCUGUGUUAGUUCUCUCAUGGCCCUUUGAACCAGUCAAUAAUGGUUGAGGUUGGACGUGCCUCUUUGAAGAUGAUAGGGACCAGAGCCAAGGACUAUUUGUCUCACCUGCUACAGCUGAUAAGGAGGAAGAGGGAAAAAAAAAAGAUAGCUGAUAAAAUGUGGUAGUGCUGGAUACUUGAUUAUGAAGAGAUACUACACUCUUCUACAGCAGCAAGCAGAUAACUGGGAGUUCAAUUAGCCUUAAAAAAUGCUUUGGAGAACAAGAGCACCCCCUAAAGCAGUCUGUUUUGGAUGGAUAGCUGCAAAAGAGGUUUGUCUAACUCAAGCAGCUCUUCAGAAAAGAGGCCUAUCUCUCUGCAAUAGAUGUUUCUUAUGUGAAGCCUCAUUGGAAACAAACAAUCAUCUUCUACUUCACUGUAAAUCCUCCUGGCAUAUAUGGUCAUGUAUUCUUAACAUUUUUGGACUCAGCUGGCUGAUGCCCCAGGAUGUGAGAAGCCUUUUAUCUUGCUGGCAAGGACAGUGUAUUGAGAAGAGGAAGAAGAAGACUUGGAAGACUGCCCCAGUAUGCCUAAUGUGGACACUAUGGUUGGAGAGAAACAAUAGAUGCUUUGAAGGGAAGAAAUUGCAUCUAUCCUUUGUGAAAUAUAGAUGCUUCUAGACACUGCAUUUGUGGUGCAAGAGUAGUCCAUUGGAAAACCCAACUCUGCUCUUGGAGUUUUUGGUCUUUGAUGUUGUAACUAUAGCAGUGAACUUGUUCAUAUCUUUUGUACUUUUUAUGGACCUUCUUGGUACUAAUCAUCAAUAAAACUUUACCUUAUCAAAAAAAGAAAAAGAAUGUGGUAGUGCCUUCCAGGGACACUGAAGGCACAUACCAAAUAGUCAAACAAUGGGAACAAAUCUGGACAUGGUGAACGGUGAGCUCCGCACAAGUCUGAUGAGGGUCAAAACGAGUGGUUGUGGCAAUGUCCAACAAGAAUACAACCACUUCAGAAGCGUCCAUGCCAUUCAGGAACAGUCCCAGAGGCAAUUUCCAGGUUUCUCGCACUGCUUUUUGUUUGUGAGGAAGUGUCAUGCUGGCAUGGAUAAGUGCGUGCCUGAAUGUUUCAAACUGCCACGUACUUAGAAAUUUGGUUUACCAGUCUAAGCUCAGUAAGCACUUUGCGAGGAAUGAACAAAAGGAUAGCUCCAUCUGCUUCAUGUUAUACUGAAUCAGUAAUUGCAGCAGCUCGCCCUAGGGAUUAAGCAUGGAGUGUGAAAGCAGCCUUCUUUCAGAAGAAGCAAAAAGAGGAAAAUUUAGUUCUUCAGAGUUGUUUUUCUUAGUACUGUCACAUGUUGGAGAAAAUCGCGGAGAUAGCAUAUUUGCAAUUGAUACUGUCAUUAUGAGACUCCUUUUUCACAUGCUGGCUAUAGAAGUAAGUAAAUAGCAUUCUGAAGCUCUGCUGAUAAUGUAAAUAAAUAAAUAUCACCCCUUGGGGGGUCUUGAGAAACGGUAGUGCCUUACAUGUCUUCACCCUUUAGAGACCUUCUUGUUGCAAUAUGAGUUAGCACUAUGGUUAGACCAUACAAAAAUCCUCCUCUUUUGUCUGUCGAUGCUUGGGCUUAUGGUGACGUGAAGUCAACUCUGAUCUUCUUAGCAUUUCCCACAUUACAUAUUUGCAUGUACAUUCUCGUUUCCGCAAGUUUGUAUAUCAUGAUGAAGCUUCAAAAGCCCUGUACCUAAAGAAUAUAACGGUGAAGAUAGAAUUAUGUCAGUGAUCCUUCUUAGCUGGUGUUUCUAUGUUUCAGAACAUGCAAAAUAUAUAUUAUUUCCUUUCCCUCAAUCUCUUGACUGUCCCUUUUCUUUUCUUUCUUCUUUUUUCUUUUUGUGGCAUCAGAAUUAGUUAUAUUUAGAAGGUUGUAAGCUUUUCUUUUUUGAUUCUCUGGAAGGGAGUGGGGGUUUAUUUUAAAAAAGAAAUACAUCAUACUUCUAGGAUAUGCUGGAGAAAAUGAAGCAAACAAGCCUUUACUACAGGGACUAUAGGCUAUGGUGAAGAUAUAAAAAGUUAAACAGAUGCUACUUCUUGGCCAUGCUAAAUUUGGCCAGUUAAUGAUUCAGAUACCAUGGGUAUACUCUGUGGACAAAUCUACUAGCUGGAAUCUCAUCUUCUUAUACUGAAUACCAAAACUAUUGAAAAU